UUCAUUUUUCUUAUCAGGGAUAUUUCACCUAAAAAUGGUACUGAGGUAUUUUUCUCACAAGAAAUUUAUGAAAAAUACUCAUUAGCUCCAAACCUCUCUGAGCUGUGGACUCUGUCGAACAGACAGGCAAACAAAAACGUAGAGGUGCCGGUAAACACUUCAGAAGACAGACAGACCUGUAGCGUGCAGGCUGCAGGUCCAGUUGAGGUGAAGGCCAAAACUAUAGCUGAUGAUGAACCUUUUCCAGAACCUAGACUCCCCUAUCCAUUUACCUCUUGUUUGAGUGAGAAGGAACAAAAGACGUAUUUAUAUCUGAUGACUAAGUACUCUAAAAAAACAAAUCAUUUUCAAGUUAAUGCAGCAAGUCAGAGAGAACUAUUCACAUACAUGCAAAUGAAAGAAUUAGUAAACACUGAAAUUGCAGAGUUUAUGAAAUUUGCCCAAAAUGCUGCAAAAAGCUGUGCCCAAGACUAUGAUACUAUCUCUGAAGAUGCACAACUUUAUACUGAGAAAUUAUUACAUGCUUGUAUUCGACAUGUGCAAAAGUAUCCUGAAUUUUACACACUCCAGGAAAUCAUAAGUAUCAUGGGAGGAAAAUUUAACACACAAUUGACCUUUAGACUGGAAAAGAAUCUUCUUGUAAUGGGUACAGCAAGACGUGGUGAAACACAAUUCCCUACCCUGCCUGUUCAACUACCCGUAGAUUAUAAAACUGUCUCCUCUAUUAUAACUCCAGAAAAAAAGGCUUCUAUUAUGCACAGUGAUAUUAGUUCAGAUUCAAAUGCAGAAAAACUUGCUUUGAAAUACUGCCCUCAAGUUGUUCUAAGUAGUCAAUCAUUAUUUGCUUUACUGAAUAAUCAUGGAGUAAACUACAGGGAGCAGUGGGAAGUUCCGGUUUGUGUUAAAAUGAUCCCUGUUGCAGAUAGCAAACCAGCUAAGCUGGUUUAUGUUGACUCACCUCUCCUGAAAAAGGAGAUGACAGUAAGAGAAAGGAACCAAAUCUUCCAUGAAAUUCCAAUGGACUUCCUGGGAACUAAAAAGUCUUAUGUAUCAAUUUCUGAUGUAUUGAUGGACAAACCAGCUGAGGAGAAUAAUUUUCAGUGGGAUAUUCCUUCUGAUACCUACCAGUGCAGGAAGAUUCCUGUUCCAGAUGACCCAGGGAUGGAUUUUGAUGAUGAUGUUACAGAGUUAGAAACUUUUGGAGCAGCAGUCAAACUCUCCAAGUCUUCUAAAACAGAGAAUGCUUUUCCUAAAGUUGAUAACACUGGUCCAGUUCUGUCACAUGAGCUAAAAACGGACAAAAAUACAAUACAUAAUGGAGGCGAAGAGGGAAGAAACACAGUUUCUGAGCAAGGUUUUUCAGUCAGCAAAAUGCAGCUUCCAUCAUUUGGCAUUCUGCACUCCAACCUUGAAGAAAAUUCAUCUCAUAAAAACUUUUAUUCAGAGGAGGAACUGAAGAAAGCACAGCACGUCAUAACAAAGGAAAUAUCUGACAAUGAAACAAAAUUAAAUACUUUAUCUAAUGCUGUUACUUUCAAGAAAGAGUCUGAUGCUGCCCAAAAAAAUAAGAGUUGUGUUUCUUUGUGCAGUAGUGACACUGAUGAAGAUUGCUUGGUAAUUGAUACAGAAUGUAAAAAUACUGAUUAUUGCAAAUCAGCUGUACCAAAUAUUAUUUCCAGUGUCUCAGUAGAGACUUCCAAAUCACCUUCCUCCAUCCAUAUUCCAUCAGAAAGCAUGGUUGAUUCCUCAGAUAACACGGAUCAGGGUAAGAAUGUUUCCAGAAAGCCUACGAGAAGGUUGUCCAAAGAACUGGAUCCUGUUGGACAGAUUUUGAAAAUGCAAACUGAGCUACUCAAGUCACCUUCCCGAAAAUCUCAUGAGCAGCCACUAGUGAGCUCUGAUAAUUCUAACUCUGCACCAACCAGCGUGCCCGAAUCUCCAAAUUCAUCGGUGAUCUCUAACACAGAAAUUGUACCAGGCCCUGCCUCAAAUCCCAACAGCUCAUCUAGAAAUACCUGGACAUGGCUUUUCCAGGGACCUUCAAAGAGAAAGCUGCCAAAUGAACUUGAGAUGCUUGUCGAAGACCCUUUGGAGUAUACAGCGCCUCAGGAUGGCAACCUCGUAUAUAAGCUAUUCAGUUUGGAUGAUCUGUUGUUGCUUGUACGUUGCAAUGUGCAAAAAGUAAAGACAAGGCCACGAUUUCAUAAAAAGAAAACAACUCAGAAGCCUAUUCCAUUAUUCCUGUUGCCAAAACUAGAAUAUCAAGCCUAUUAUGGUGUUGAAGCCCUUACAGAAAGUGAAGUAUGUCGACUGUGGACAGAGAGCAUGUUGCAUUCUGAAUGCACCUUUUAUAUUGGACGUAUUGAUGCUUUUACAUCAAAGCUUAUUAUGCUAGAAAAGAUUUCUCCAGAAAUGUUAAGAGAAAAACUUGUGAUGAUUAAACCUGCAAAUUCAUUAAAUAUACUUCAUCAUAUCUUGAAGAAAGUGUCUGAUUUGCAGGAGGGCUCUUAUUUACUGACUCAUGCUGCUGGGGAUUCAUCAGUUGCAAUCUAUAAGAGUUCUCCUGACAAGGCAACCAGAGCAUCCUAUAACUUGCACAAAGCUCACUGCGAGCUGCCUGCUGUUCCUGCCAGCCUGUCAGUGCCGUGGGUACCGCUAGAGCCCAGCCUCCCUUUGCCCUAUCACAUGAGCCAUGGAAGAGUCCCAUGCACCUUCCCGCCCGCACCCGCAGAGGCCACGUGGAAACAGAAGAUGACUGGAGCGAAGGCACAACUGGACACACCCAGUGAGGAAAGGCCAGUAGCUAUGGAAACAAAAGGCAAUCCAGCUAAGCCUGCUAGAAAUGAAGGUGUGGCUGCAAAGAAACCCAAGAAGAAUUACUGCAAACAAAGAAUGAAGAUGAAGAAGUGGAAAUGA